AGACUGUGCAUCUGUCAUUAGCAGUUGGUCCUUUCAGAGAGCAAGACAGGCAAGUGUGGGCAGGGUGACCCAACUGGCAGAGGGUGGAGGAGUGACUGGAAGAUAAAGAGAUGCCCUGGGAAGUUUAUUGGGAAAGGAAAGGGUAGGCCACCCAAUGGGAGAGACUGUCAGAAGUUAGUUGUUUGAAAAUGGAAAACUUUCAUUUUACUUGUCACUGGGAGCAGAAGAGACUGAAGUCACAAGAAUGAUAAGAGGCCCAGUGAAAGAAUGACAGUGAAGGGGUGCCCAGGGGAAGGAGCCGAAGUCUGGAAUGUUCCACAGAGACAAGGGAACAAUCAUGUCACCAUUUCUUCGAAUUGGUUUAUCCAACUUUGACUGUGGUACCUGCCAGUCUUGUCAGGGUGAGGCCGUGAACCCCUACUGUGCUGUGCUUGUCAAAGAGUAUGUGGAAUCAGAAAAUGGGCAAAUGUACAUUCAGAAAAAGCCAACCAUGUACCCACCCUGGGACAGCACCUUUGAUGCCCACAUUAACAAGGGGAGAGUGAUGCAGAUCAUCGUGAAGGGCAAAAAUGUGGAUCUCAUAUCAGAAACAACCGUGGAGCUCUACUCCCUAGCAGAGAGAUGCCGAAAGAACAAUGGAAGGACAGAGGUAUGGUUAGAGCUGAAACCUCAAGGCCGAAUGCUAAUGAAUGCAAGAUACUUUCUGGAAAUGAGCGACACCAAGGACAUGAGUGACUUUGAGAAUGAAGGAUUCUUUGCAUUGCAUCAUCGCCGAGGAGCCAUCAAGCAGGCCAAAGUUCACCACGUGAAGUGCCACGAAUUCACAGCCACCUUUUUCCCCCAACCCACGUUUUGCUCUGUCUGCCAUGAAUUUGUCUGGGGGCUGAACAAACAGGGCUACCAGUGCCGACAAUGUAAUGCUGCGAUUCAUAAGAAAUGUAUCGAUAAAGUGAUAGCCAAGUGCACAGGGUCAGCUAUCAACAGCCGAGAAACCAUGUUCCACAAGGAGAGAUUCAAGAUUGACAUGCCACACAGAUUCAAAGUCUACAACUACAAGAGCCCCACCUUCUGUGAGCAUUGUGGGACACUGCUUUGGGGACUGGCGAGGCAAGGACUCAAGUGUGAUGCAUGUGGCAUGAACGUCCACCACCGAUGCCAGACAAAGGUUGCCAACCUCUGUGGUAUAAACCAGAAGCUAAUGGCUGAAGCACUAGCAAUGAUUGAGAGCACCCAACAGGCUCGCUCCUUAAGAGAUUCAGAACACAUCUUCCGAGAAGGCCCAGUUGAAAUCGGUCUCCCAUGCUCCAUCAAAAAUGAAACCAGGCCACCAUGCGCACCAACACCUGGGAAAAAAGAACCCCAGGGCAUCUCCUGGGAGUCCCCUUUGGAUGGGAUGGAGAAAACGGACCAUCCUCCUGAACCCGUAGUGACCGUGCAAAGGGCCUCUCUGCAGCUGAAACUGAAGAUUGAUGAUUUUGUGCUGCACAAAAUGUUGGGGAAAGGAAGUUUUGGCAAGGUCUUCCUAGCGGAGUUCAAGAGAACCAAUCAGUUUUUCGCGAUAAAGGCCCUAAAGAAGGAUGUGGUGUUGAUGGAUGAUGACGUUGAGUGUACCAUGGUGGAGAAGAGGGUUCUGUCCUUGGCUUGGGAGCAUCCUUUUCUAACACACAUGUUCUGUACCUUCCAGACUAAGGAAAACCUCUUUUUCGUGAUGGAGUAUCUCAAUGGGGGAGACUUAAUGUACCACAUCCAAAGUUGUCACAAAUUUGAUCUUUCCAGAGCCACGUUUUAUGCUGCUGAAAUCAUCCUUGGUCUACAGUUUCUUCAUUCCAAAGGAAUUGUCUACAGGGACCUGAAGCUAGAUAAUAUCCUGUUAGACAGAGACGGACAUAUCAAAAUAGCCGAUUUUGGGAUGUGCAAGGAGAACAUGCUAGGAGAUGCGAAGACAAAUACUUUCUGUGGGACUCCUGACUACAUUGCUCCGGAGAUCUUGCUGGGUCAGAAAUACAACCAUUCCGUGGACUGGUGGUCCUUCGGGGUCCUCCUUUAUGAGAUGCUGAUUGGCCAGUCGCCUUUCCAUGGACAGGAUGAAGAGGAGCUUUUCCACUCCAUCCGCAUGGACAAUCCCUUUUACCCUCGGUGGCUGGAGAAGGAGGCCAAGGAUCUUUUAGUAAAGCUUUUUGUGAGAGAACCAGAAAAGAGGCUAGGCGUGCAAGGAGACAUCCGCCAGCAUCCUUUAUUCCGAGAGAUUAACUGGGAGGAACUUGAGAGGAAAGAGAUUGACCCACCUUUCAGGCCAAAAGUGAAAUCACCAUACGACUGCAGUAAUUUUGACAAGGAAUUCCUAAGUGAGAAACCCCGGCUGUCAUUUGCCGACAGAGCACUCAUCAACAGCAUGGACCAGAACAUGUUCAGAAACUUUUCCUUCAUUAACCCAGGAAUGGAGACUUUUGUUUGCUCCUGAACCUCACCCCUCCCCAGACCAGAAGGGAAUUGCCUUCUCUCUGGGAACUAGUUUGAGUAACACUUCUGGGGGGGUCUCUUUUUCAAGUUGGAAAAGAAAAGAAACACUCAACAGCAAAGGUGGGGAGACCUUUGACCUCCUCACAUGACCUGUUACCUGUAGCACAAACCAAGUCUACUUCACUAAUGACCUCACCCCGUUGUAUCUCCUGGCAUCUUUCACAGCAGCCCUCGAAGUUAGAUCGUUAUUAACUCUAGUCAUUUACUUGAAAGAUGGUUCCUGAUACUGUGAAAGAUCCGAAAUGUAACUCUUCUCUUGCCCUAGACAGCAGUUGCUGGUUGGUGAUGAACCAAGGGUCAAACGGAACACAUUUCUCAAGACUGGAACGGCAGAUUGCCUCUUGUAGAAGUGGAUGUCACUUAGCCACAGAGAAGGAACAACUAACCCAUGUUGUUCUGUGCAUGUCUGUGGAAAUGUAAAUGGCAGAAGGAAAGGGGAAGCCCUGAGCGGGUUGUGAUGGGAUUCUCUCCAAUAAACAUAGCUUGGAACUUGUGA